AUGGUCUUUACGCCGCCCUCCUGGGUACCCCAACUGCCUUUCGAUCCACCGGACUCCAUCACCAUCGGCGAAUUCUGGGCCGACGAGAGGUAUGGAAGAUGCCCGCACGACAAAUCUCGGAAUCCCUUCACUUGUGGGAUCACGGGAAAGACCUACACCAGCCGGGAGAUGAAGGAGCGAUACGAGUUGCUCGCCCGGUCUCUGGGAAAGCGCAUGGGGUGGCGGGCGAACGAAGAUACGCCUUGGGAUAAGGUGAUCGGAAUCUUCUCUUUCAACUCAAUUGACUUCCUCAUGUCUACAUUUGCUGUUCAACGUCUUUCUGGCAUUGCAACUCCCGCGAAUGCCAUGUACUCUGCGGCAGAAUUGGAACAUCAACUGAAGUCAUCCACUGCCAAGGCUCUGAUCACAUGCAUACCCCUACUCGAUACAGCCCUGAAAGCUGCGAAGGGUGCUGGAAUUGCUGAGGAUAAGAUCUUCAUUAUGGACGUCGCUCUGGGACCCAAGAAAACAAACUUCAAGACCUUGGAUGAUCUUAUCUCAGAAGGAAGGUCACUACCAGAAGUUGAGCCACUCAGGUGGACAAAGGGUCAGGGAGCUAGGCAAACCGCUUUUCUGUGCUACUCAAGCGGUACUUCGGGCCUGCCUAAAGCUGUCAUGAUCGCCCAUCAAAACGUCAUUGCGAAUAUAAUGCAAGUUCGAUGGCACGAAGCACUCGGGCGAGAACAAAAAGGAGUGGAGACACAAGCUGCGCUUGGACUUCUACCACUUAGCCAUAUCUAUGGUCUAGUUGUCGUUGCCAACGCGGGUAUAUAUAGAGGAGAUGAAAUUGUCAUCCUGCCUCGGUUCGAUCUGAAGAUACUGCUUCAAAGCAUACAGCAGUUCAAGCUGAACGAGCUGUAUUUGGUCCCUCCGAUAAUCAUCCAGUUACUGAAGAACCCAAAUGUGUGCGCGAAAUACGACCUCUCAAGUGUCCGUUAUGUCUACACCGGCGCCGCACCGCUCGGAGCGGAAACCCACGAGGACGUGACCAAGGCAUUCCCCGGUUGGAGUAUCGGACAGGGGUACGGGAUGACAGAGACGAGCACAGUUGCUCUAAGCACCGGUGAGAACGAUAUCAUGGUCGGCUCAGCCGGUUCACUUGUCCCCGCCACCAAAGCGAAGAUACUUGGCGAGGAUGGCAAAGAAAUCACCGAGUACGAGAAACCCGGGGAAUUGUGGAUCCAGUCUCCUUCGGUAACCCUGGGAUAUUUGAACAACCAGAAAGCGACUUCGGAGGCGUACGUGUACGAUGAUGACGGCCGGUGGAUACGGACGGGAGACGUUGCUGUUGUGCGCAAAGCAUCUAGUGGACAUGAACACUUUGCCAUCGUGGACCGGAUGAAGGAACUCAUCAAAGUUAAGGGCCAUCAAGUAGCACCCGCCGAGCUAGAAGCCCAUCUCCUAACCCACCCCCUGGUGAAUGACUGCGCCGUAAUUCCCGUACCCGACGUUAACUCUGGGGAGGUGCCCAAAGCGUUCAUCGUAAAGUCCGCGGCCGCGGGAUCAGAAUUGGACGACGAGGUUGCGAGGGACAUUUGCAAGUAUAUUGAAGACCACAAAGCUAGGUACAAAUGGUUGAAGGGCGGCGUGGAGUUCAUCGACGUCAUUCCCAAGAGUCCGAGCGGGAAGAUUUUGAGGAGGUUAUUGAGGGAUAAAGAUAGGGAGGCUCGAAGGGCAAGGGGGGCGAUGCUGUAG